GCCGCCUCUCGCAGACAGUUUCGGAGCAGUGACAGCGACGACACGGCCGGGCUCGAAUGACUCGCGCGUAUCGCUCGUAGCAACUAGCAGGUGCCGCGUGCUGGUUGGGCUCUCCCCCCUCUGCCGCGUGUACCGUCUUCUCCCCGUCUUCUCCUCGGUCGCAUAUUGUUGUGCGUGCCGCAGUGUGUGUGUGUGUGUUUGGUGGGUGCUUGAGGGGGACGGAGAGCGAUUCCUAGGGCAAGGAAAAUCGGUCGCGCCACCCGCCGAUCUCUCAGUGUUCUCAGUGGCGUGUGCGCGGUGAGGUCGCAGGUGUGCGAUACGUGCUCUCGCCUGUGGUGACGGCUCGGUGUAGUUUCGCCCUCUGAGAGAGGGCUGUGCUCGCCGGUGGAUCGCGUAAAUGUGUCAGUAUGGAGAAUCAAACAAUUGGAAUGGACCAGUUCUGCGGCACCAAGUUUUGGGAUGCUAAUCUAACAUGGUACACGAACGAGCCAGAUCUAACAGAAUGCUUCCAAAAGACGAUACUAGUAUGGGUACCAUGUAUAUUUCUAUGGGCGUUCUCGGCGAUGGAAGCGUAUUACCUUUUAAAUAGCAAAAGGAGAAACGUCCCGUACACGUGGUUAUUUAUUUCUAAGCAAGUACUUACAGUAGGAUUAAUUUUACUUUCCAUAGUCGACUUAGGAGUGGCGAUACACGAAAGUACUUCUCGUACGGUCCACAGUGUUGAUUAUUGCACACCCAUUGUAAAAAUUGUUAGCUUCACGUUAGCAUCGACUUUAAUGCAGUACAAUAGAAAACAUGGAAUGCGGACGUCAGGUCUUUUAUUCUUAUUUUGGUUUUUCCUUUCGCUAUGUGGAUGUAUCCAAUAUAGAAGCUUUGUAAAUGAAUUUAUUAAAGGGGCAGAGCCGACGUACCCAUUGGUGUCUUACAUGAUCUACUAUCCAAUAGUGGUGAUAUUGUUUGUACUUAAUUUUCUGGUCGAUGCAGAGCCUAAAUUCUCGGAAUAUCCUACGGUCGAAUCGCCAUGCCCAGAGCAAGGCUCCUCUUUCCCCUCGAAAAUUUUUUUCGCGUGGUUCGAUUCCUUGGCGUGGAAGGGCUUCCGAAAGCCGCUCGAGACGUCCGACCUAUGGUCCAUGAAUCCAGAGGACAUGGCCACGGAGAUCGUGCCGAAAUUCGACAAAUACUGGAAUAAGAACUUGAGAAAGACGGACGAGCUGAUUUGGACUUACUUUAGAGUAGAAAGUGCAAAAGCGUCGUUCCGAAAAGCGUCCGGGCAAGUGGACUUUAACAGUGGCCGGAAAAAGAAAGAGGCCUCCAUCCUACCGCCUAUCUGCAAAGCUUUCGGAGCAACAUUCAUGUUCGGUGCAUUCCUGAAACUGAUUCAAGAUGUUAUGACUUUUAUCAGCCCACAAAUAUUAAAGCUUCUGAUUGACUUUAUCGAAGGGGAGGAGCCAAUGUGGAAAGGAUACCUUUACGCCGUGUUACUUUUGAUCACCGCGAUACUCCAGACGUUAGUACUGUCCCAAUAUUUUCAUCGUAUGUUCUUGGUCGGGCUGCGCAUACGCACCGCGCUGAUCGCGGCGAUUUACCGUAAAGCGUUGAGAAUGUCGAACGCGGCGAGGAAGGAGUCCACGCUCGGCGAGAUAGUGAACCUGAUGUCCGUAGACGCUCAAAGAUUCAUGGACCUAACCGCGUACAUAAACAUGAUCUGGUCGGCGCCCCUGCAGAUAGUCCUAGCCUUAUACUUUCUCUGGAACAUCCUCGGGCCGGCCGUGUUCGCCGGUCUAGCGGUCAUGAUUAUUCUUAUCCCUAUAAACGGAUUGAUCGCCAACAAAGUGAAGACGUUACAAAUUAGACAGAUGAAGAGCAAGGACGAGAGGGUAAAGUUAAUGAACGAAGUACUUAACGGCAUCAAAGUGUUGAAGCUCUACGCGUGGGAACCUUCAUUCGAGCAGCAGAUACUUAAAAUCAGAGUCAAGGAGAUUCAAGUGUUGAAAGAAGCGGCGUAUCUGAACGCCGGUACGAGCUUUAUAUGGUCGUGCGCACCCUUUUUGGUAUCUCUGGUGUCUUUUACAACUUACGUACUUUUAGACGAAAAGAACGUCCUAAACAGUAAAAUUGCUUUUGUUUCGCUCAGUUUGUUUAACAUUCUAAGAUUUCCACUGUCUAUGCUGCCUAUGAUGAUUGGUAAUAUAGUUCAAGCUUACGUAUCUGUAAAACGUAUUAAUAAAUUUAUGAACAUGGAGGAACUGGAUCCCAACAAUGUAACACAUGAUCCAUCGGAACCGAACGCGUUAGUAAUUGAGAACGGUACCUUCUGUUGGGAUAGCGAAGAAAUUGAGAGACCAAUACUACGAAAUAUCAAUUUGCAUGUAGAACAAGGUCAAUUAGUAGCAAUAGUUGGUACAGUGGGAUCAGGCAAGACUUCCCUUCUAUCCGCUCUGCUCGGCGAGAUGGACAAAAUAAGCGGGAAAGUAAAUACAAAAGGGUCAAUUGCAUACGUGUCGCAGCAGGCGUGGAUACAAAACGCCACGUUGCAGGAUAAUGUUCUGUUCGGAAAGGCCUUGAACAAGUCAGUGUACAAUCGUGUGAUCGAAGCGUGCGCGUUGACUCCGGACUUCAAGAUGCUGCCCGCGGGGGAUCAAACGGAGAUCGGGGAGAAAGGGAUAAACUUGUCCGGCGGUCAGAAGCAGAGGGUAGCCUUAGCUAGAGCUGUAUAUAACGAUUCGGAAAAUUAUUUCCUAGACGAUCCCCUGAGCGCGGUGGAUUCGCACGUGGGAAAGCACAUUUUUGAGAAAGUAAUAGGUCCGAACGGCCUGCUGAAGAAGAAAACUAGAAUACUUGUUACGCAUGGCAUUACAUACCUGCCGGAAGUUGACAACAUUAUUGUUCUCAAGGACGGCGAGAUAACGGAGUGCGGGACCUACAAGCAAUUGCUGGAGAAGAAAGGCGCCUUUGCCGAGUUUUUGGUGCAGCACUUACAAGAAGUUGGAAAUCUGCACGGCGCAGAUGACGGUUCUGAAGACGACUUACGCGAAAUUAAACAGCAGCUUGAAUCAACAAUGGGAGCGGACGAGUUGCAGCAAAAGUUAACUCGAGUACGGUCUAGGAUAUCCGAGAGUCAAAGUGAAUCCGGCUCUGUGGCCGACAGAAAGUCACUUAAUGGUUCUCUGACAAGGCAAUACUCAACGGAAAGCCAGCAGUCGGCGAAUUACGUGCAUAGCAAUAGUACAAAGGAGAAGGAAGCGGCGAAGCCUAACAACACCGGGGAGAAGCUGAUAGAAAUCGAGAAGGCAGAGACCGGAAGCGUCAAAUGGAAAGUGUACUCUCACUACUUGAAAUCCAUCGGAUGGUUCUUGUCGAUAUCGACAAUCGUGAUGAACGCGGUCUUUCAGUCGUUCAGCAUCGGCUCGAGCGUUUGGCUCAGCGUAUGGUCGAAUGACAAUCAGACCGUUGGAAAUGACACGUUCGACACGGCGAAGCGGGACAUGUACCUCGGGGUAUACGGUGCACUCGGUUUUGGCCAAGCGGUGGCGAGCUUUUUCUGCGAUUUGGCACCGCAGUUGGGCUGUUGGUUGGCUGCUCGCCAGAUGCACAUAGUGAUGCUGCGUGCUGUGAUGCGUGCCCCAUUGACCUUCUUUGAUACGACUCCUAUUGGUCGUAUUAUCUCCAGGUUUGCUAAAGACGUGGACGUACUGGAUACAUCUCUUCCCCCACAAAUUUCUGAUACCAUCUAUUGCUUGUUCGAGGUGAUAGCUACUCUCGUUGUCAUAAGCUACAGUACACCUAUAUUUAUCGCGGUGAUACUGCCAAUAGGCGCGAUUUAUUAUUUCAUUCAACGUUUUUACGUUGCCACGUCGCGCCAAUUAAAACGAUUAGAGUCCGUGUCAAGAUCUCCUAUAUAUUCGCACUUUAGUGAAUCGGUGACUGGUGCGCAAAUAAUUAGAGCGUACGGCGUGCAGGAGCAGUUUAUCCACGAAUCUGAAAAUAGAGUGGAUUUCAAUCAAGUGUGCUACUUCCCUAGCAUUAUUGCAAACAGAUGGCUGGCCGUGAGAUUGGAGAUGGUUGGAAAUUUAAUUAUAUUCUUCUCAGCUUUGUUCGCUGUUUUAGGUAGAGAUACCAUGAGUUCAGGACUCGUUGGUCUGUCGGUCAGCUACGCCUUACAAAUUACCCAGACCUUAAACUGGCUGGUGCGCAUGACGUCCGACGUCGAGACCAACAUCGUCGCGGUGGAGAGAAUAAAGGAGUACAGCGAGACCGACCAGGAAGCGCCGUGGAAGAACACGGAGUACACGCCUUCGAAGGAGUGGCCUAAGCACGGUCGCGUCGACUUCAAGGACUUCAAGGUCCGCUACAGGGAGGGACUGGAUCUCGUGCUGCACGGUUUGACGUUCAGCGUACUCGGCGGCGAGAAGAUCGGCAUAGUGGGCAGAACCGGCGCCGGAAAGUCGUCCCUGACAUUGGCGCUCUUCAGAAUAAUCGAGGCGGCCCAGGGCAAGAUCUUGAUUGACGACGUCGAUAUCUCUAAGCUGGGUCUUCACGAUCUGCGCUCGAGGUUGACCAUCAUUCCUCAGGAUCCCGUAUUGUUCUCCGGAACGCUAAGGAUGAAUCUGGAUCCUUUCGAUUGCUAUUCCGACGAGGAAAUCUGGAGGGCGUUGGAGCACGCUCAUCUGAAAUCGUUUAUAGAAAACUUGCCAAGCGCUCUUUUACACGAGGUUACUGAAGGCGGAGAGAACUUAAGCGUGGGGCAACGACAGCUGAUCUGUUUAGCGAGAGCGUUACUUAGAAAAACGAAAGUUCUCAUAUUGGACGAGGCAACAGCCGCGGUUGAUUUGGAGACAGAUGAUUUAAUUCAGACCACCAUCCGCCAAGAAUUUAAGGAUUGUACAGUUUUGACAAUAGCCCACAGGCUCAACACUAUUUUAGAUUCCGACAGGGUGAUUGUAUUGGACAAAGGUCUGAUCGUCGAAUAUGAUUCUCCGGAAGUGCUACUUCGCAAUUCAGCUAGCUCUUUCUACAGUAUGGCUAAGGACGCAGGUCUAGCUGCUUAAGCAAAGAGGAAAAAAAAACAAGAAUUCAUAUCACGUAAUGAUUUUUUUUAGCGGCUGUACGUUAUCCGCGCGAGCCAAACGUCGAAGUAAACGACACGCAGAAAGCCAUAGAACAAACAAAAAAAAAAGAUAAAAUGCAUAGCCUUAGUAUAGAUAUUAAUUUGUAUAGCGAAAUAUUUCUACUCAGAGAACAAGCGAGAGCGUUUCGACGUAAUCGACGGUGCAAGAACGCCGAACUCUCGUUCUCAGACUUACUGUUGCCCAGAUCUUAUCGUGUGACGAGCGACGAACUCUUGCCAAUUGUACCGUCGAUUAUCGAACAUAUAUUCUAGGAUAAGUUUUGUAGUGAGGUAUCAUCACGAAGCAAGCAACGCGACACACCUCGUUUCUAAACUAGCGUCGAUAUCCGAUACCUAACUUUAACUAGGCAACGAUCGGGUGGAUUCCUAUUUGAUCAGUAUGUUGUAAUCAGUGAAUUAUUUUUCACGGUGUACUUCAUAUUAUAUUCCAAAGAUCCAUUUUUAUUUAAUUUGUAAUACAAUUAGUGUACUUAAUUAUAUAAAAGUUUUCAUAAGAAUAUCACGACGAAUUUUUAUCUAUUCAUUUGUAGAGCAACAAUAUUCGAUUAACAUUACAUGAUAUAUAAUAAUUAAUAUUAUUAUUAUAUUAUGAACCAUGUACUUACAGAAUGUAACAGCGUUAUAAUUAAUUGUAAGUAAAUAAUAUUGGCUUGAAUAAUAUCCGCAAGCCUAAGUUGACUAGGAAUAUGUUUCUAAAUACUCGAUCACGCGAUAGGAAUCCUUGCACCCGACAACCUCCGAGUUAAGUUACGCCCAUUUGAAUAGUUCCAAUUACUGAAGUAAGACAAACGUGUGUACAGUGAUCGAUAAAAGUGCGUGUUCACUCAGAUUAAAAAAAGAAGAGGAAGGAAGACAAAAGAGUUAAUUAACCGAGAUUGUUCCAAGUAACUCAUCAAUUUAAACAAAUGAGCUCUAGAAUACAACAAUUCUCAAUUAUUGCUUUAACAACAUUCGGAAUUGUUAAAGCUGUUCUCCAUCCUUAGAUUUCGAGCGCGUUUUUUUUCUACGGACUAUAUAUUGUUCACACUCGGAAAAAGAUGCAUUUUUUAUUUUCACUUUCCUUUUAACAUAUGACAAUCAGUCGCAAUAGUGUUAUUUAUUUUCAACUUGUUAUAAAUCACAUACAAUGUUAAUAGAUCGAGCGAGGUGUACUUUACUGCAUAUUUACCCUUGUUAGAGACAAAUUAAUUUUAAACCCAAGUUCAGUAACGUAACAUUUUAUUUUUAUAAAUCACUUGUUGAAACGGAUAAACGGCGUUGCAGUGACAGUUUUAAUUUAGUAUACAUUUUGUAUGCGGCAAAAGUAUUUAGAGGAAAGUAAUGCGACAUCACAUUUUACUGUAUAUAUACUCUAUCUCUUUAUAAAGUUUCAUGUAUUAUCCAAAGUAAAGUAGUUUAAACAUCUGUGCCUAUUUUACAAAGAACAGAGAAAACGCAUUUAUCGAGAAUUAUAUAUAUACUACAAAAAACUUGUAAAGUUAACUCGCAUAACUUCGUUUCUUUUCAAAUGAUUUAAUCGCGUUCGUAAAUCAUACUUCAGCCAGUGUUCUCUUAAACUGUUUGCUAUUUUGUAUAGCGAUUGUAUAUGUACUAGAUUUGUAUAGCAUUUUAAUCUCUUUAAUGGCGUAUAUCUCUUUAAUAUCGUAUAUUAUUGGAUACUUUCGAGAGUAUUAAUAUUGCGUUAGACUUGCCUUGUGUAUUUGUCGUUUUAUUUGUAAGGCUGCAGAAAAAAAAAUGAGAUAAUCAUUGAAAAAAUCGUUCUAUAAUCGCUUAGUGUCUAUUUAAAGUUCCGUUUUUGGAAAUAACGAUUUAAUAUUCAUGAAAAAAAAAAAAAAAAAAUUUGCGUGGCUCUUGAAAAAAAAUUGGUAGCUACAGCUAAACUUACAAUGAAAGGAAAGUAAUGUUUCUCUAAUGACGAGCGCAUUCGAGAUAAUUGAUGAUAUAAAUAUAAAAACCAAACCGCCAAGUAAACCAAUUUUUGCCAGUACGUUAACUCGAUGCAUUUUAUAUAUAAUCUUGUCUCCUUUUGCAAAACUACAAAACUCGCAGAUCUGAUGUAACCGUCAGGAAUAUAAAAAUUAGAAAAUACAUCGGUAAAUAUUUAUAGCGUUAUUAAGUUAUAAUUUAAAUGUGGAAGUAAAAGAAAGCUGUGCUCGUGUUGAUUAAAUUAUGCGGCGAUUUAUUUUUUUUUGUCUAAUAUUAUAAGUUUCGUUCUAGAAAAUUUGAUCCUGCGUUGUAUGUACGAAAUUUUUGUUAUCGAUACUCGUGACGUACUUCCAAUCUGUUUUCUUGUGCGAAGUUAGAAGAAAUCCGUAGAAACCUGUCUUGCCAUUCGUAUAAAGCUAGAUACUAGAUAUAAUAAAAUACUACUUUAUGUAACUCUCUUGAUUAACUCUUUCGAGUUUUUUUGGCGACGCGAUAAAUUGCCGUGGAAUGAAAAGUUACCGAUUCAGUGUCCAAGGAUCGCUUGAGAAUCUGUCUCGAAAGAGUUAUACAAGAUCAAUUGUUUUUUCACGAUUAUAUAUUGCAAAGAGAAAACGCGAAAUUGUAUGCUGGCGCUAUUAUUUUCAUUGUCAAUAAUGUAUAGAUUAAACCACGCAUUAAAUAUUUUUUAAUACUUUUUAGAAGUUACGCUCACGGCUUUAGUUUGAAUUAUCUCUUGUUUUAGCAGCGUGCGAGCGUCGUUGAGCCGAAUUUUUCGAGUACGAAUAGCGGCGAUGAAUUGUUUCUUUCUUUAGCUUUUUUUUUCAAUUAUAUUUGAUAUUUUUUUUAAUACAUCUGAAGUUUUUACAAUGUCCCGGUGUUAUGUAGAUAUUUGAAACGGAAGAGAUGUGUAAAUGAUAUCUUCGAGCCAGUUUCGAUCUGUAAAUUAUGUCUCAUUCGUUACGUACCUUAGAUAUAAUGCUAAGCAUUAAAAAAAAAAGAAAGCUAUAAAAGAUCCAGGGAAUAAAAAGAUUCUAUUAUACUGUAUUACACGCGCGUGCGAGAAGAGCUUACUAACACAACAACUACAAUAAGCGCGGAAGGAUAAGUGCCUUCUUGUAAGAACAAAAAGAAAAAAAAAUAGCAGGAAGCCGACAUACCGUUUGUAACGUAACUUCAGAAAUUUGUCAGUCUGUACAUUUAAUUUUUCUUUCCAGCGCGUGCUUCUCUCUCUCUCUCUCUCUCUCUCUCUUUCGAUGAGACGUAUAUAAUCUAAUUGCUAUGAAAUUUUGGUAGGACUCCAGCUGUUCUGCCGCUACGAGAGCUGGUCUCGCGUUUCGUUAUAUCGUCAUUUAAGUAAUAUAUGCAUGUAAGAUACCUUUUGUUUCUCAUCUGUUAGAUUUAUUGUCCGCGCAGGAAGAUUAUAGCUGUGUAUAAAGUAACAGUGGGGAAAUAUAACGGAGUUCGAUUUGAACGAAACAUUGGAGAUAUGGA